UUCUGCACUUAUUUGGACAUGUUACCUUUUACGCAUGCAUUUAUAAUAACUAUUCAUUAAGCAGCGAUUGCGGAAAGAGAGAAUGCUUCGGAAACUGCGGUGGAUGUAGGCAGUACGCAAAGGACGUUCGUUCAAAAACUUGACGUUCAAUCUAGAGAGCUCAUUGUUAACCUCAAAAGAACUUCAGCUUCAGCACAAAAAAAAUAAAAUAGAUAUAGAUACACACCGACAUAGAUAUAUAUAUACAUGCAUAUUAAAUAUACUUUUAAAAGGAUCUCAAGGAAGCCUGUGCUAUAUUAGACUCAUAAAAAUCAGUUAGGUAAUUUAUCAGGAGCAGCCAUGAGCCGAAAGAGAAAUCCCAAGUUGCAAAUCAAAUUGGCCCCGGCCGAAGCACCUCCAAUAAAUGUACCAGCAAACUUGGAUACCAGAACGACAAUUACGAUCGGUGAGCAUAUGUUCGAUGUGGAGGCCGACGACCUGGAGAAGAUUUGCGAUUUGGGACACGGGGCUUAUGGGUACGUCGAGAAGAUGAAGCAUAAGCCAAGUGGGACGAUCAUGGCUGUGAAGAGGAUCACGGCGACUGUUAACAGUCAGGAGCAGAAGAGGUUGCUCAUGGAUCUGGACAUCAGCAUGAGGAGCAGCGAUUGUCCAUAUACCGUUCAAUUUUAUGGCGCUUUGUUUAGGGAGGGCGAUGUUUGGAUUUGCAUGGAGGUAAUGGAUACCAGUCUCGAUAAGUUUUAUGCCAAGGUGUACAAGCACGGACGCAAAAUUCCGGAGGAUAUCCUGGGGAAAAUAUCGUUGGCCGUUGUGAGCGCUCUUCAUUACCUACACAGCCAGCUGAAGGUGAUCCAUCGGGACGUGAAGCCAUCGAACAUACUGAUAAACAGGCGAGGCGAGGUGAAGAUGUGCGACUUCGGCAUCAGCGGCUACCUGGUCGAUUCCAUCGCGAAGACAAUAGACGCCGGCUGCAAACCCUACAUGGCCCCGGAAAGGAUAGAUCCGCAGGGCAAUCCGUCGCAGUACGACAUCCGAUCGGAUGUAUGGAGUCUGGGCAUAUCUCUCAUCGAGCUGGCAACAGGCGCCUUCCCUUAUCCGAACUGGGGCACACCCUUCGAGCAACUCAAGCAGGUGGUGAACGAGAGUCCGCCGCGUCUGCCCUCCGAUGAAUACACCCCAGAUUUCGAGGACUUCACCACGCAGUGUCUCCAGAAGCAAUAUCAAUCGCGCUACAAUUACGACCAACUGCUGAACCAUCGGUUCUGCUUGAUACACCGAGAGAAAACGACUGAUGUCGCCGCCUACGUGUCGGAGAUACUCGAUCUACCUGAUAAUCCAUGAGAUUCGUGCACGAUUUCUUAACAUUUCAAUUGAUUUUAUUUUCUAUUCAUUUACACUAAUUUCUUAUUCGCAUAUACAUAUAUAUAUAUAUUUAGAUAUGGAUACGUUACUGUUACUUUUACUAAUAUCAUAUUUUUAAUUUCUCUUUUCCUUUCGAGUAUGAUCGCUUUCGUUCGCUUUUAUUAAUUAUUUACAAGCUCUACUUUAAUUUUCACUUACGCAAUCAAAAGCAAAACAAAAAAAAAAGAAAGAAGCAAUUCAAGUCAUUCGUUUUUAAUUACAGAGUUUACGA